CGUACAGCCAUAGCCUCACAUUUCAUAAUUAUAAAUCUUUCUCAUUUAUCCACGUUUUGCGUGCGAUCUUCAAACGUCGUCUGUUCUUUUUUUUUUCGACAGGAAAACUAAUCGAGAACUAUGGACAAACCAGUCGUGUUGUCUCGUGUGCUGAAAGUUUUGGGGCGUACCGGCUCCCAGGGCCAGUGUACCCAAGUGAAGGUCGAGUUCAUUGGUGAACAGAACCGUCAGAUCAUAAGGAACGUUAAAGGACCCGUACGCGAGGGAGACAUUCUCACCUUGCUGGAGUCCGAAAGAGAAGCCAGGAGACUGCGGUAGAAUUAUUCAGUAGGUAAAUCCAAUUCUAUUGAAUUGUUCCUGCUGGUGGUUGCUGUUUCUGCUGUUGUUGUUGCUGCUGAUUUGAAUGACAUCUGAAUUUUUAACUAUUCUUAUAAUGUAAAAUGCAUUAUUAAUAAAGUGUAUCCCUCAAACAACCA